AUGGAAGACGACAAUAGUACGAUUACUGAGGAUAUUGUAUAUGGUGAACCUAUUAAGUUUAUUAUUUUAUUAAUUAUUGAAAUAUUAUCUCUCAUCUGUAGUCUAUGCAUACUUAUAUUUUUAUGUCGAAGUCGACUAGCACUGGUGAAAAAAAAUUUACAUAAUCAUUUUGUUUUAUUACUUGUUUCUGUUACUUUAAUAAACCUGACCGUGGAUCUUCCUUUUACAAUUGCUCAUUAUCGACUAGGUUAUGAUGAAUAUCGCAAAAUAUCAUUUUGUCUUUGGUGGUAUUGGAUUGAUUAUACACUUCUUGUUAUCAGUAUAUUUCUGACAGCUGCUGCUAGUAUUCAACGACAUAUUUUAAUAUUCAAUGCUCAUUGGUUUCAUAUACGUCGACGACGAUGGUUACUACAUUUUCUUCCAAUUAUUAUUUGUUUAUUUUAUCCAGCAUUAUUCUAUCUUGUUGUUAUUAUUUUCUAUCCAUGUGAUUAUUCUAAUGACGAAGAUGAUCAAUCUUGUAUUGUUCCUUGUUAUUCAGAUGAUAACAUACUAUUUAAUUAUGAUUGGAUAAUAAACACCGCAUUUCCAUUGAUAACUAUAAUUUUCGCUAAUAUUACACUAGUAAUACGUGUAAUUCGUUCAAUGAGAAAAAUUCGUCAACGACAAGUUUUAACUUGGAAACGACAAAGAAAAUUAACUUUACAAUUAUUUAUUCUUUCAUUACUUUAUAUUAUUGGAUGGGUGCCAUCAACUGUUAUCUCCAUAUUACAAUCAUUUUUAUUACCAAAUUUAUUAGAUGAUAUACCACAACUUGAUUAUUUCAAUUAUUUAACAUAUUUUGUUUGUCCAUUACAACCAUUUAUUUGUGUUUUUAGUUUACCUGAAUUGAUUAAAAUUUUGAAAGCUUAUUGGAAAAAAAUUGUACAUAGAGCAAUAGUUUUGCCUGUGUGA